CGCGGGCUGCGGUGCGCGGGAGGCGGCGGGAGGGCUGAUGCCGCACAGCCGUGCCGGUCCCGGCGGAGGCAUGAGGCGCGCGGGGCGGGCGGGGAGCGGCGCGGCAGAGCGCGGGUCGGCGCGGCCCUGAGCGAAGCCUCCGCGCCGCGCUCCCGCAGAGCGACUAUGGCCGGGGGAAGGCGAGGGCUGGUGGCGCCUCAGAACACGUUUCUGGAGAACAUCGUGCGAAGGUCUAACGAUACUAAUUUUGUCUUGGGUAAUGCCCAGAUAGUGGAUUGGCCCAUUGUCUACAGCAAUGAUGGAUUUUGCAAGCUAUCAGGAUAUCACAGAGCAGAAGUUAUGCAAAAAAGCAGCACCUGCAGUUUUAUGUAUGGAGAGCUGACAGACAAAGAUACAAUUGACAAGGUCCGGCAAACAUUUGAGAACUAUGAGAUGAACUCCUUUGAAAUCUUGAUGUACAAGAAGAACAGAACACCUGUCUGGUUCUUUGUGAAAAUUGCUCCAAUUCGAAAUGAGCAGGAUAAAGUGGUUUUAUUUCUUUGCACUUUCAAUGACAUAACGGCUUUCAAGCAGCCCAUUGAGGAUGAUUCAUGUAAAGGUUGGGGAAAGUUUGCUCGCUUGACCCGUGCCCUCACAAGCAGCCGAGGCGUGCUGCAGCAGCUUGCUCCGAGUGUGCAGAAAGGAGAGAACGUUCACAAGCAUUCGCGACUUGCUGAGGUAUUGCAGCUGGGCUCUGAAAUCCUCCCGCAGUACAAACAAGAGGCACCAAAGACUCCGCCACAUAUAAUUUUGCAUUAUUGUGUUUUCAAGACUACCUGGGACUGGAUCAUCUUGAUUUUAACCUUCUACACUGCUAUUUUGGUCCCUUACAAUGUCUCCUUUAAAACCAAACAGAACAAUGUAGCAUGGCUAGUAGUUGACAGCAUUGUAGAUGUAAUUUUUUUGGUAGACAUUGUGCUUAAUUUCCAUACCACCUUUGUGGGGCCAGCAGGAGAGGUCAUCUCUGACCCAAAGCUGAUUCGCAUGAAUUACUUGAAGACCUGGUUUGUGAUCGAUCUGCUUUCAUGCUUGCCGUAUGAUGUCAUCAAUGCAUUUGAGAAUGUCGAUGAGGGCAUCAGUAGCCUCUUCAGUUCACUUAAAGUGGUCAGGCUACUUCGGCUGGGUCGCGUAGCUCGGAAGUUGGACCACUACAUUGAAUACGGAGCAGCAGUCUUAGUUCUGCUGGUGUGUGUGUUUGGUCUUGCAGCACACUGGUUGGCCUGCAUUUGGUACAGCAUAGGAGACUAUGAAGUUAUCGAUGAGGAUACAAACACAAUCCGAACUGAGAGCUGGCUCUAUCAGCUGGGGAUGUCAAUAGGAACACCUUACCGCUUUAACACAUCAGGCUUUGGAAAAUGGGAAGGCGGACCAAGCAAAGAUUCGGUCUACAUCUCCUCGUUGUAUUUUACAAUGACCAGCCUCACCAGUGUUGGAUUUGGGAACAUCGCUCCGACUACAGAUGGGGAGAAGAUCUUUGCUGUUGCUAUGAUGAUGAUUGGCUCCCUUCUGUAUGCAACCAUUUUUGGUAAUGUGACAACCAUAUUUCAGCAAAUGUAUGCUAAUACAAACAGAUAUCAUGAAAUGCUGAACAGUGUCCGAGACUUUCUAAAGCUCUACCAGGUCCCUAAAGGACUCAGCGAACGUGUGAUGGAUUACAUCGUUUCCACCUGGUCAAUGUCCAGAGGAAUAGAUACUGAAAAGGUUUUGCAGAUAUGCCCUAAGGACAUGAGAGCAGAUAUCUGUGUGCAUCUGAACCGCAAAGUUUUCAAGGAGCACCCAGCCUUCAGGCUGGCGAGCGAUGGGUGCCUUCGAGCACUUGCCAUGGAAUUUCAGACAGUGCACUGUGCCCCCGGAGACCUGAUCUACCACGCUGGCGAGAGUGUCGACAGCCUUUGCUUUGUGGUUUCAGGGUCUUUGGAAGUAAUCCAGGAUGAUGAAGUCGUUGCUAUAUUGGGCAAAGGAGACGUUUUUGGUGAUGUGUUCUGGAAGGAGUCUACCCUUGCCCAGUCCUGUGCUAAUGUAAGGGCUCUGACUUACUGUGAUCUUCAUGUCAUUAAGAGAGAUGCCUUGCAGAAAGUGCUGGAGUUCUAUACGGCCUUUUCACACUCCUUCUCCAGAAAUCUCAUUUUGACCUACAACUUGAGAAAAAGGAUUGUGUUCCGGAAAAUCAGCGAUGUCAAACGUGAAGAAGAGGAGAGAAUGAAGAGGAAGAACGAAGCACCUCUGAUCUUACCCCCGGACCACCCCGUCCGCCGGCUGUUCCAGAGGUUCAGGCAGCAGAAGGAAGCGCGGCUCGCGGCAGAGAGGGGCAGAGAUCCGGAUGACCUGGACGUGGAGAAGGGGAACGUUUUAGGGGAGCACUCCUCCACCCGCUCGGUGGUCAAAGCCAGCGUUGUGACUGUACGGGAGAGUCCGGCGACCCCUGUGCCAUACCAGUCCGCUUCAACAUCUGGGGCAUCUGACCAGGCAAAGCUGCAGGCCCCGACAUCGGACUACGCAGGAUGUAAAGCGUCAGGGGACUACCCCCGACGAAAAGGCUGGGCCAAAUUCAGAGACGCCUGUGGGAAGGGUGAAGACUGGAACAAGGUCUCUAAAGCAGAGUCCAUGGAGACUUUACCAGAGAGAACUAAAGCUUCAGGAGAAGCUACCCUGAAGAAGACAGACUCUUGCGAUAGUGGCAUUACGAAAAGUGACUUGCGCUUGGAUAACGUUGGGGAGACAAGAAGCCCGCAGGACCGCAGCCCCGUCCUCACCGAGGUCAAGCAUUCUUUUUAUCCCAUCCCAGAACAGACUCUUCAGGCCACCAUGCUAGAAGUGAAACAUGAGUUGAAAGAGGACAUCAAGGCUUUAAACACAAAAAUGACCAAUAUAGAAAAACAGCUUGCUGAGAUACUUAGGAUAUUAACCUCAAGAAGAAGCUCCCAGUCGCCACAGGAGUUGUUUGAAAUAUCAAGGCCCCAGUCUCCAGAAUCAGAAAAAGACAUGUUUGGAGCUAGCUGAGGUGUUUAUUUUUAAAAACCAACCAACCAACCAACAGCCCCCCUAAUAUUUUAAAUUUAAUCUUUCUUGAAAACGAGUGAGGGACCAGUUCAUUAAGCAUGUUCCCUGUGUCUAAAAAGGUACGGUAACAGGAAUUGCAACCUCAUGUCAAGAUGGCAGCUGACUCUGAAGCCUUUUUGACAGCAAGGGUACAGUUUCUAAAGUUUUUCUUUUCUCCAUUGGUGCCCAUUCCCCCCUGCUCCCCCUGUCUCCCUCGGGAUGUUGGAAUAAGAAUCCUGACAGCAGCAGCCGUCCCCAUGAGCCCCAGGUGACCUCUGAGGUUUUUGGAGCAUGCCUUAUGUCAUUAGCUUGGGUUUUGCCUAUAUGAGUAUAUGAAUAAGCACUUGCCAGGGUGCUUACAUUUUCAGCGUUGGGGGGGGGGGGGGGUGUUCGCUGCUGCUGUCACUGUCUCAGUCACCUGUACAGCAUGUUAAAUGUCACAGUAUAUUUUCAUAUAUCUGUAAUAAUGCACAGAGCAGUAGGAGACAUAUAUUUCAUUUCAGUCGAAUGUGUGCUACUCGGUACUGAAGUUAUUUUUGGGCAGUCAAGGAAGGGCUAAAAAGAUGAAAAAAGUUGUACUUUUUAAUUGCAAACUGAUAUAUUGCUAAAGCAAUUAUAUUUAGCAACAUCCUCAACAAUAGCCACAGUAUUUCAGGUCUGUUAAUAAAUGGGAUCUUCCACAUUCUCGUUCACUGAGUCAAGGAUACUGAUUUUCAAAAACUUAACUUCUGUCUCAGAUGUCUUUGAAUAUUUGUUACCUUUGCUUUUAAUUCCAGCCACUGGAGGACAGAGGGUUGAGCGUGCAGCAUACCUGAGCACAGCCUGCUGCACAACGUAUUGUGAACAUCAAUAACAGGUCAUGCAGAUUUGCCUCCCCAUGAAAAUAUACUGUGGCAUUUAUGUCCUGGUUUUGCUAUGAAUCUGCUCUUUUAAUUCUUGUUAAAUAAUUAUUCAGAAGUUUCUGGUUUGAUAAUGUUCAUUGUAGCCAAAGGCUUUCACAGAACUUUUAAAGAUUUUAGAUUGUGGCAUUUUCCUCUACAUCCAGAUGUAUUGUUCCUGAUCUAAUCUAUCUAGUAAGCAAAUGGAUAGUAGAGGUAGAAAUACAGUGCUUACUGUAUACAAGUGCUAUUGUAGCAAGGAAACAAAAAGAUCUGCUUCUUAAAGAAGGAGAUGUUUCCAAAACUUAUAUUUUCCUAACUUUUUUUGGAGGAAGAUUGAAGCACUUUACCAAAACUACUCUUCAUUAUUCAUUAGAUAGGGUAGCAUAGCUGGUUAUCAUGCCUUGGGUUAUCACCUUGGGAUAUAGGUGUAUAUUCAGAGUAUAUUCUCUCCACUGAUCCGGUAUGUUCACUAUUUAACAGUAGGUUAGAGCUCAGAAGCAUGGUGCAAUACUUUUUUGGGUUUUCAUUUUUAAUGGCAAUAGGUCUUAACACAGUGUGGCAGUAGUUAAGUCUCAUUCUUUUUCCAUGCUACUAAGUCAUUUACAAAAAACCACAUGAUUUUUGGGGGAAGAUUUUUGUUCAUGUUAAGUAAGGAAGAAGCAAGGAAAAUGACCCAUUUGAAAGGAUUUCUGCUGGCCUGAUGCUUGCACAGUGCAAUGCAGAACUGUGUCAGACAUCCCUGGGGAAGUGUGAGGUCCACUGAUGAACCGGCACAGUGGUGAGGCCGUGCUGUGCAAAGCUACCAGCUCAGAUCUUGAAGUCAGUAUAUUUGUUUGUAUCUGUUCCUGCAGUAACUGCCCUUGCUCUCAAAGAUGCUGAUUAUUCUGAGCGCAGCACCACCAUUUCCAGGUCCAGAGGCAGCUGGUUUAGGAUUUGCUUUCAAGGGUCUUGGUUUGAUAUAGAAGUGCCCACAGAUUGUGAAUUCUUACCCAAGGACUGAAAUAUUCCCAGGAAACAGCUAUUGGGAUCAAAUCUGUAGGUUACCUUUUCCGUCCCACAAGAAAAGGCAGUAGGGAGGUGACUUGCUCUGAAACCGAGGUGCCAUUUCCUUAAUUUAUUUCUGCUUCCAUGUUUAGGAUUUUCCAGUGGUAACUGGUGUCUUUUACAGUUGCACGCUGCAGACAUGCAGUACCGAGGAAGGCUCUCUUUGACCAAAGUCACACUGUGUGUUUGGUGCUUUAAUCACCGUAAGUGGCAACAGUUACCUGUAAUAGCUAUGGCGUGAUUGCCAUAAGAAAUCCAUACAUCAGUGGUUUCAGUUAGAAACCGUUGAAUGAUUUUUUUCUUUCUAGUCUCCUCAGUCAGUAAAUUCAUUGGAUAAUGAAAUUAUGCCUAAGUAGAACACAGGUGUACUGAUAUACAAGGAUUUAUAAUUGAUGCCCAAAAGUUCCAGCAAGUUUUUAGAGAUUGGCUUGGAGCCAAUUUCCUAAUCCAGGCAAAUUCCUCAUCAGUGUUACGUUCCUGAUACUAGGUUUUCUUUGUAAAAUUUUUGAAAGGCUGAAAGUCUUGCUGAACUUAGGAAACAUUUUGUGAAAGUGUCACUCAUUUACCUGCAAUUGGAUAAACACGGAAAUUAGCUUAUCCAAGGUGGGUGAGGGAGGAACUGCUUAUAACCUUCAAAGUGUGUGCCUAGUAUCUCCAGAAUUGCAGUGCAGACAUAGAAUUAAAUGUGCAGUUGCAGGUUACCUGGCCCUUUGUUGCUGAUACGGAGUUGAAGUAUCUCAGUGGUAUUUUUAUGUGCCCUCAGGGAUAUGUUAAAGGUUAUUCGGCAGGGUCAGCGCUAGAAGCCCCAUAAUUAGCCACACUUGUGAAUAAAGGAAGACAAGUCCCCAUCUGCUGGGGGUACUUCUCGCGUAGCCUGACGUUCAGUACGAUACUGUACUCCUGCACACCCCGUAUGACAAUGGGUGGGUGCAGCACAGAGUCCUUUUUUAAGGCUUUUAUGAGGCUCUUAUAAUGACCUAUAAAGCCAUUUAUAAUCCAUUUGUAAAGCCUUCAAAGAUUGUAAUAUACUCCUGAAUUAUGCUUAAAAUUUAAUGUCUUUAAAGAUUAUGGCCAAAUUUGAUUUUGUUAUGGUCAUGAAACUCCAGAGAAACUGCUCCUUACGAUGACACCUUCAGGGUGACUGCUCCAGGUCAGCACUGACAGUGGUCAAUGUCAUUCAGAUUUGCAGAGCUGUAACUGAGAUUAGACCCAUUUUAUUAUGAUGUUAUGAACUGGCAGGCACUAAAACUAGUUGUAGGAGACUGCAUCAUCCCUCAGUAACCUGUAUAUGUUGUAAGAGAAUUUGAAAAACAUAUACUAUCUAGAAUGAACUUUGGUCUUUGGAUUCCCUGGGCUACUGAGUGGUUAAAAUGAGCAAAACCUUGCCUGCUAUGGGACUAGUCACUCCUUUGAACCUCGGACUAAUUUGGACCUGUGCUGUGGUGCCCAUGGUCUGCCAACGCAGCACUUGUGCUUUAGAGAGCGGUUGAAAGCAUCAGUGUUACAAAUCUGUCUUUCUCCAUUGAGCCUUACACUUAGAUGCCUACGGCUGGAUGGUGUGCAUACCCACUGUAAUUGUUACUUGUUCUUUCACUUUAUUUGUCAGCUUUUCCUUUUUCUUUUGUUUCUCUCUACAUGUUGGCUAAGCCUUUUCACUUAAAUUAUUUUCCAGCUUAGAAAUGAAUGAUCUCUGAACAUGAGACUCUGCCCCUUAACAAGCAAAUGCUUGUACAUACUAUAAGAAAAAAAGAAAAAACAAAAAGCCUCAGUUUUAACUGUGUUCUGGCAUAGUGCUUCUGCUAUUUAACAACCUGCUAAAUAACCGCGUUAAUCUAAAAGAGAUGGUGUGUUGCAUUUUUACUAUAUGAUGGAAUUAGAUUUCAGGCAAAAGAAGAUAGUUGAGUGAAAGAGCCCGGGUUAUGAUUUGGUAAAAUGGGAACUUCUGAAAAUUCAUGCUUAAACUGUUAGAAAGAAUACCAAUAUGCAGCACGGGAUUAAAAAAGCAAAACCCAACCCUAUACCCUACCAUGUUCAGAUACAUUUACUUCUGCCUGGUAUUACAUGUGUACUUUUAAAAACACCAUUCUUGUUUUAAAUCUCUUUCACAGCGCUGCCCUGAAUCCCAGCGAACACCCUGUUUAACAGCUUCGAAGGUGAUGUUCUGUUUCUACAGUACUUCACUUUAAUGAACCGAACAAGAUAUUUACUGUGAAUAUCUGGUGAUAUAUUUUCAAUCACUCUUAACCAGUCUGUGAAAGAAUUGAAUACAUAAUUUGUCUUUACUAUAUAAACAGCAAUGUGUAUGAUUACACUUGUGCAGAUGCGUGUACAUACACACAUAUAUAUAAUAUCUCUGUAUAGAUAAGUCUAUGGAUUGCGUUUCUGUUACGUAGAAGCACGUCCCUCAUUUAAUGAUUCCAGUUCAAGAAGGGAGCCUAAAUCUUCCCAGUAGACAUCCACCGAAUGUCCUAGUUAGUAUCUUGUUUGUUAACUGUUGAACUUUUAAGGCCAUGACUUUUGGUUUCUCUAGUUGGCCUCAACUUUAUACUGUUAGUCUGGCGAGUAUUGUGACUGAGAAGAUCUGGCAAGCAUUGUGAUAGUCAGGAAACAGAAAUACAUGUGAAACUGGAAAAACGCUGUAUCAUAGUUGGUGGGAAUAAGGCUCAUAAGCCACUAUUUGUUCCUCACAGUAUCUCUGAAGCUAAGCUGCCCUGGUAGUGCUUCUCAUGGCUUUUCCUGCAAGAGAGAUGAUGGAAUAAAUGGAUUUCUUUUUCCUGGUACCAGGGUCUGUCUCAAAGGUACCGAGCCUAUCCUUCUCAUGGGCAGAGUUAACACAUGGUUGCUGCACCUCUGCUUUCUUGUCCUGAUGUUAGGUGGUAAAAAGCAUCUUCUACUGAAUUCUUCAUUUCAACAUAGUCUCCUGUGGGUGUAUUCGCAAUAACAAAGUCUGUGUUUCAGCUGCACUUCUGAUUCAUUAAGACAAACCUCUCAGAGAGAGUCCCGCACAGGGGAAGCUCCAGAAAUUUGAGGUGAGGCACAGUAGGAUACUGUAUCUUCCAAUCGGACAUAGUUUUGACCACAUUGUUGUGGCAAGCAUUGAGUCAAUUAAAUAAAAAUAAAGCUUUUUGCAAUAAGAUAUAUCCAACAUUUAGCCUUAAGACCCUUUCAUAAGUGAUAUAAUUCAAACUGUGAUUCCAUUCUCCUUCCUUCGUAAUGUUCUGUAGUAUUUACAGUGUUGCCUAAAGAUGAAGCACUUUGAUUAGCUUUCUAAAUCUAAUGGAAAUCACUUGCUGGUAAUCACAUCUCUUUCUCCACUUAUUGCCUUCUUAUUAGGAUAAUGAAUUACUCCAAUAGCCCUCUCCCCUCACGAAACAAAGAGACAUAACUAUUGUCUAAACACUUUUGUAUAUCAGGGAGCCAACCCGUCAUAUUGCGAAAGUGUUUCAAAGAUUUUUUUUUUACAGUUCGACAAAGCUAAUGUGAAUUUACCUGCAACUGUAAUUUGUUUCAAGCUGAUCGUUGAGUGUUGUGUAAACAUAUUUGAUGUGUAAUCCCAGAACAUCUCUGUAACUGGAUCUAAAUGCCUAGUGUUAACAAAACAGUUUGGGGUUUUCACUAACUGUUCUGAAAGGCUCAUGGUUUUUUUUUCUUCUUCCCACUGAAUCUGUGACCACUAACAUAGAAAAAGAAUCAUUUUAGCUGUAGAAGAAAGAAGUUCAAUAAUCUUGUAUCAGGAUGAACUGCUAUAUAAAGAAAUACCAAGUUUUCUAAUGAAUGUGUUAUAUUAUUGUACCUACAUACAAUCAAUAUUUGUACAUCUGUUGGAGACCUGUCUGCGUUUCAAUAUUUAGCCACCACUGCAUGGACACUUUAUUGAUAUGCAGUUAAUGCAGUUGCUUUGGCGCUUUUCAAUGUACUUCACUUGUUUUUAUCCUUUCAGAAAUCCACCAAAUACUCUUGGUUCUUUUUCUUUGCAUUUGUCACUUUGUUCAAUGAAGCAUGACUAGAAAAAAGAGAACGAGUAGAUACUAUUUUUGUGGUCAGCAAAGCAGCUGCCAGUAGAUAAGACAGUGUGUGUAUGUAUGUAUACACACUGUCUGGGAUUGUUUCAGUUACAAAUGCAGCCACCUACAUUAACAAUAUCCCUAUUCAACAUUUUUAAACAAGCACAAAUAAUAUUUGUAAAAAAAAAGUUUAAUUUUAUUUAUUAUAGUAAU